GGUCGUCUGUCAUCUUCAACAGAUUCGGAGCUCGUCGAAAUUGGAAGACGUCGCCAAUUUCCUCUCUCUCUCUCUCUCUCUCUCUCGCUCUCGCUCUGGCUCUCUCUUCCUGGUUUGGUGAUGAACAGUAGUUGAAGGGAAGGAGCUUCCGAGCGGAGAGAUGGCGGUCAAUCAUCGCGGCGAGGCGAGCAGCAGCGGCGGCGGCGGCGGCGGCGGCGGCGGAGACGGGGGCGGCAGGGGAGAGACGGUGGUCGAGGACUGCGGCCGGCGGAGGAGCUCUUGCGGGUACUGCAGAUCUCCCGAUCGGUCCAGCGUCUCUCACGGCUUGUGGGCGCAUAGCCUAACCGUGGAUGACUAUCAAGAUCUCCUUGAUCGAGGAUGGAGAAGAUGUGGCUCUUACCUUUACAAGCCAGAUAUGAGUAGUACGUGUUGCCCUUCUUAUACUAUCCGCUUAAAAGCAGCAGACUUUUCUCCUUCCAAAGAGCAAAAUCGAGUAUACAGACGGGUGGAAAGGUUUUUGGAUGGUACACGGGACACCGAAGCCAAGUAUGAGCUCCUGGAGGAUUUAAGUACUUCUAAAGUGGCAUGUGAUUGUGAAUGUCAUGGAAGGUCAAGCUCGGCAACAGCUGAACCUUCUGUGGGCAAGGAGGAGGAUAAGAAUGAGCCAGAACAAUUUAUGCAUUACUUGUCUGAUGCAAUUGAUAAGGCAGUGCAUACAUGCGUUGAAAGUGAGACGUUUCCUGCCAAUGUUCAAUUACCUAAAGCUUCUGUGAAAGGAGUCUCCCCGACCAAAAAGAAGAAGCUAAUCAAAGGAUUAGAAAAUCUCUUGUAUACCAGUAACAUUGGUUUCCAAUUGGCUGCUGCUUUAAGGCGUGCACGGUCAGAAAAAAAGAAUGAAAAACAGUCAAAGUUAUCUGGAAAUUCGGCAGAGGACCAGCUGCCUUCUGGGUUGUUACCUCAAACUAUUGGAGAAAAGUUGGCGCAGUCAUUGUCUCAGAUGGGUGAAACAUCUGGCCUCUUGAUCCAAGCACGUGACGGACAUCUUAACUUUUAUUCUAUUGCUGAGCACACUUCGGUGGAUAAGGCUGGCCAUGAAAAAUCUCUCUCUAAAGAAUUUUCAACAAGAAGUGGAAACAAGAGAAGAUGUUUAGUGAGGUGCUGUAACUGUUGUUCAGGAAAAAGGCGGAAGCUUGAGAUUCUUCUGAAAAGAUCCACUUUUGAGCCUGAAGAAUUUGAGCUGUACAGACGAUAUCAGUUGAAAGUGCACAAUGACAAACCCGCCCAUGUCACAGAGAGUGCGUACAGGAGAUUUUUGGUUGACACACCAUUGGUUUUUGUUCCCUCAACCGGUGAUGGUUCAGUUCCUCCCUGCGGUUUUGGGUCUUUCCAUCAGACAUAUGUUAUUGAUGGCCGAUUAGUUGCAGUUGGUGUGGUGGAUAUCCUACCGAAAUGCUUGUCGAGUAAAUAUUUAUUUUGGGACCCUGACUUUGCCUUUUUAUCUUUGGGAAAAUAUUCGGCUUUGCAAGAAAUAACUUGGGUGAAGGAGAAUCAAGUUCACUGCCCCAGUCUUCAGUAUUAUUACCUUGGCUAUUACAUUCAUUCAUGCAGCAAGAUGAGAUAUAAAGCAGAGUAUCGGCCACCUGAGCUUCUAUGUCCCCUCCGUUACCGGUGGGUUCCCUACAACGUUGCGAAGCCUCUGCUUGAUAGAAGUAAGUAUGUUGUCCUGUCAGAUUAUAAAGACCAAGAUGAAAAGCCGUUGCUGCCUCCAGUUGCUGAUCAUAUCAGUGAACAUCAGCAUGACGAAAGUGAGCAUAAGGACUUGAAUGAUCUUUUAGUUGAAGAUGAAGAAAUGGUUGACCUUGAAGAGGAAGAGUCUGAUGUUGAAUCAGAAAGUGAAAGCUCUAAUGUGGAACUCUCUGAAACAGAGGAUAGUGAAAUUGGAAAUACUCUAAUAGGGUUACGGGGGUCUCGCCUGAGAUACAAGGAUCUGCAAGGGGCCUUUGGUCUUGUUGAGGGGAGAUAUAUGGAAGCCCAAGUGCAGAGGUACAUGAGGGUGGUCGGUCGAGAGUUGUCCAAGCGAAUGGUCUAUUCACUUGGGUGAUCUAUUUUUUCGAGAAUUACCAGAUUGGACAGGUGAUGUUAAGCGGCCGCUGAUUUGCUGCCUGAAUAAUGUCAUUUUUUAGGACUAUUAGGAAGCUCUGACAGUUCCAUCGCAUGAUCAAAUGUCAAUGGUUCCCUCAGUCUUGAUUGAUGUAAACUGUCAGUGCGUGCUGGUAUGCCUUACGAUGAUCUUCCGUUGAACUGGUUGAGUCAGUUGACAAAAUUUCAGAUGAACCUUGCCCCUGAGCAGCAUUAUUUUCAAGUGUCGUGAAUGUUGCAUCAUAAAUAGACCCCUAAAAAGGCAUUGCCUGUGCAUUUUUCUUA